AUGCUGUGCCGGCAGCUGCGGUGGUUUGGCCGGCAGCUUGUUCGCCGGCGGCCCCUGCAGCCCAGCGAGCAGUCUGAAGGCCGCUUGUCUCGAUGUCUGAACACCCUCGAUCUUGUGGCCCUGGGUGUUGGCAGCACCCUGGGGGCGGGCGUGUAUGUCCUAGCUGGGGGCGUGGCCAAAGAGAGAGCUGGACCGGCCAUUGUCAUCUGCUUCUUGCUGGCGGCUCUCUCCUCCGUGCUGUCCGGGCUGUGCUACGCUGAGUUCGGGGCCCGGGUCCCCUGUUCUGGCUCCGCGUAUCUCUACAGCUAUGUCACUGUGGGCCAGCUACUGGCCUUCAUCACCGGCUGGAACCUCAUCCUCUCCUACGUCGUUGGUGCAGCCAGCGUGGCCCGGGCCUGGAGCUCCGCCUUCGACAGCCUCACGGGGGGCCACAUGGCCACGGCACUGCAGGGGGCGUUCCCGCUGCGCGUGCCUCACGUCCUGGCCUUGUACCCAGACUUCCUGGCGAUGGGGCUGGUGCUGCUGCUCACAGGCCUGCUGGCCCUGGGCGCCCGCGAGUCGGCCCUGGUCAGCAAGUUCUUCACCGGCGUGAACCUCCUCGUGCUGGGCUGCGUCAUCGUGUCCGGCUUCAUCCAGGGCCAGCUGCGCAACUGGAGGCUCACGGAGGACGACUACAGCCGCGCGCUGGCGGCCGCCAAUGGCUCCAGCCUGGGCCCGCUGGGCUCGGGGGGCUUCGUCCCGUUCGGGGUGGACGGGAUCUUCCGCGGAGCUGCCACGUGUUUCUUCGCCUUCAUUGGCUUUGAUGGCAUCGCCACCACAGGCGAGGAGGCGCACAACCCGCAGCGCUCCAUCCCGCUGGGCAUCAUCCUCUCGCUCUUCAUCUGCUUUCUGGCCUACUUCGGUGUGUCCGCCGCUCUCACCCUCAUGGUCCCCUACUACGAGAUCCACACCGAGAGCCCCCUGCCCGAGGCCUUCGUCCACGUCGGGUGGGCGCCUCUCCGGUACGCCGUGGCCGUGGGCACGCUGUGUGCCCUGUCCUCCAGCCUCCUGGGCGCCAUGUUCCCCAUGCCCCGCGUGAUCUACUCCAUGGCAGAGGACGGACUCCUCUUCCGAGGACUGGCCAGGGUCCACGCCCGCACCCGCACCCCCGUGCUGGCCACGGCUGUUUCUGGAGUCAUCGCAGCGGUCAUGGCCUUCCUCUUUGAGCUCAGUGACCUGGUAGACCUCACGUCCAUUGGCACUCUGCUGGCUUACUCCUUGGUGGCCUUCUCCGUCCUGGUCCUCAGGUACCAGCCCGACCGGAACACAGCCAAGGAGGAGACGCAGGGAGGAUUUGAGAUGAAGCCUGUCCAGCCAGAGGUGGCGGUGUCAGAGCACGUCUCCGAUGCAGACACCUCGAAGACUCGAGGGAAUCCAUGUAGUCCGGUGCGCCCGCUCCCCACGCUCGAGUCAGGCCGGGCUGUGUAUGUCUAUGCCUCGUUGCUUGUUGUCCUGCUGGUCGCCCUGAGCCUGCUGCUGACCCAGUGGCCACAGCGGCUCUUCACCGGAGACCCCGUCUGUGUGGCGGGGGCCGCGUUGCUGCUGCUGUUCGUGGCCGGGCUUGCCUGCGUGGUGUGGAGACAGCCCCAGGAUGCCACCCCGCUGCACUUCAAGGCGCCCGCCUUGCCCGCGCUCCCACUGACUAACAUCUUCGUGAAUGUGUACCUCAUGAUGCAGAUGACCGGCAGGACCUGGGGCCAGUUUGGAGUCUGGAUGGUGAUGGGAUUUGCCAUGUAUUUUGGCUACGGGAUCCGACACAGCCUGGAGGAGAAGGACCGGCAGCCGCCCAACCCCAGCUCCCAGGCUCAGGGUGGCCGGCUGGCCUCAGCUAGCCCUCUGCUUGCCAGCCUGCCCACACUCCCGCCCUCACUGUAA